UCCGGUGCGCUCAUUCAGCUCGAUCACCCAGAGCUGCGCUGUGGCUGCAGAAAGGCGCACAUAUGCUGACACUUUAAACAGGAUGUAGCGACUGAAGCAGACCACGGAAAGAGAGACAGAAGAAGAAGCAAAAAAAAAAAAAAAGCGGAUGAAUUAAUGUAAUGUGACAAACAGCAGACUGACAGAAAUGACCGCUUCAGUGGAGGAGAGGAAGAAGACAAGAGGAGUCCCGGUGAGGAGGCGCCUCACCGCCGCUGGCAGGUCUUGACGCCCGGUGACCUGAAGGAGCCAAGCCGCCGCAGUGAGCAGCAGCACGGCGAUAAAAAGCACGGACGGCAAAACCGGAACAGUCCAAAACAACCUUGAGAGCGAGCAUGGCGAGCCUGAACGACUGCUGCGUGAAGGUUGCGUUGAGGAUUCGUCCUCAGAUGGCGAAGGAGAAGAUCGAGGGCUGCCACGUCUGCACGCUGGUCACACCCGGAGAACCGCAGGUCCUCCUGGGAAAAGACAAGGCCUUUACGUACGACUUCGUGUUUGAUAUCGACUCAGAGCAGCAGCACAUCUACCAGGCCUGUGUGUACAAGCUCAUCGAGGGCUGCUUGGAGGGCUACAACGCAACCGUGUUUGCUUACGGACAGACAGGCUCAGGGAAGACCUACACCAUGGGAACGGGUUUCGAUGUGAGCCUGAGCCAGCAGGAGCAGGGCAUCAUCCCACGGGCUGUUCACCAGCUGUUUGAGGGCAUCCAGAGCAGGAGGCAGCGCGCCAAGGAGACGGGCAUCCAGCCGCCCGAUUUUAAAGUCAGCGCCCAGUUUUUGGAGUUGUACAAUGAGGAGAUCCUGGACUUGUUUGAUGGCACCAGAGAUCCCGAGAGUCGCAGCAGGAAGUCCAACAUUAGAAUCCAUGAAGACGCCAACGGCAGCAUUUACACCACAGGGGUCACUUCCAGACUGGUGCAGUCAGAGGAGGAGCUGCUGCAGUGCCUGAAGCUCGGGGCUCUGUCCCGUACCACAGCCAGCACACAGAUGAACGCACAAAGCUCCCGCUCGCACGCCAUCUUCACCAUCCAUGUCUGUCAGAUGAGGGUGUUUCAACAGCAGGAGAUGCAGAACGGAGGAGAGAACACGGAGGUGAACGGUGUAGACUCUUCACCCAUUGCCCAGCCAGAGUACGAGACACUGAUGGCCAAGUUUCACUUCGUAGACUUGGCGGGCUCUGAGCGGCUUAAACGCACAGGCGCCACUGGAGAACGGGCCAGAGAGGGAAUCUCUAUUAACUGUGGGCUGCUUGCUCUUGGGAAUGUGAUCAGCGCUUUAGGUGAUCAGAAUAAGAAAGCAGGACACGUCCCAUACAGAGACUCCAAACUUACGCGACUGUUACAGGAUUCGCUAGGAGGCAACAGCCGCACGGUCAUGAUCGCCUGCAUCAGCCCGUCGGACCGUGACUUCAUGGAGACGCUGAACACGCUGAAGUAUGCCAACCGUGCCCGAAACAUCAAGAACAAGGUGGUGGUGAACCAAGACAAGACCAGCCAGCAGAUCAACGCUCUGCGGGCGGAGAUAGCCCGGCUCCAGAUGGAGCUGAUGGAGUACAAGGCGGGAAAGCGUGUGGCGGGUGAGGAAGGUUCAGAAGGCUAUAGUGACCUAUACCAGGAGAACACCAUGCUGCAGAGGGAGAAUGACUCUCUGAGACUGAGGGUAAAAGCCAUGCAGGAGACCAUCGAUCACCUCAACACCCGGGUCACACAUAUGCUGGCCAAUGAGAUCAGCACUUUGCUCACCAAGUCAAGUGAAGGCAAUGAGGAGAUUGGAACGCUCAUACAGAACUAUAUCCGAGAAGUUGAAGAACUCAGAUCCAAACUCCUCGAGAGCGAGGCCAUGAAUGAGUCACUGCGACGGCAGGUGGCCCGGCUCUCCUCUCGCUCCUCGUUCCCAGCCUCUGCUCUAAGCCCCGCCCCCGGCCAUCCCCAGGGCUCCUCCCCUGUGUCCUUGUCCAUGGAGGCCGAGAUGACGGACGUGCUGCGACGUGCCAAGAUGGACAUCGAGAGACUGAAGAAGAAGGAGAGACGACAGAGAAGACUAAGCCCAGAGUUGGAGAAGGGUCUGAAGAAACGAGUAAAGCUGCACUGUCAGGAAAACGGACAGAAUGGAGAGAUCGAUUCAGACGACAACACCACCGAGGACAUCAUGUCUCCGCUGCAGGAGGAGAGCGGCUGUGAGGAAGAUGAAGGCGAGGAUGAAGAGGAGGGCAGGGACGAGGAAGACGAUUUUGACAGUGAUGAGAGCCUGGUGGACUCAGAUUCUGACUCGGAUGAGAAAGCCAACUUUCAGGCAGAUCUGGCCGACCUGACCUGUGAGAUUGAGAUCAAGCAGAAGCUGAUAGACGAGCUGGAGAACAGCCAGCGGCGGCUGCUGAUGUUAAAGUUGCAGUACGAGGAGAAGCUCAUCCUGCUGCAGAACAAGAUCAGAGACACGCAGCUGGAGAGAGACCGUGUGCUGCAGAACCUCAGUGAGUUUACCUCAGUAAUCCUCAACAAAUUUAUAACUAUUGGUGCCUCUUCAACAUUUUUACAUGGCUGUUCAGUGUCCAUGGAAAACUACACCGAGGAGAAGGCCAGCAAAAUCAGGCAGGAGUACGAGAAGCGGCUGAAAGAAAUGAACCGGGACCUGCUCAAGCUGCAGACAGCCCAAAAGGAGCAUGCACGUCUCCUCAAAAACCAGGGAAGGUACGAGCGGGAGCUGAAAAAGCUACAGACUGAGGUCAACGAGAUGAAGAAGGCAAAGGUGGUGCUGAUGAAGCAGAUGAAGGAGGAGCAGCAGAGGAGGAGAAUGGUAGAGGCUAAGAGGAAUCGAGAGAUUGCUCAGCUGAAGAAGGAGCAGCGUCGACAGGAGUACCAGAUCAGAGCGCUGGAGUCUCAGAAGAGGCAGCAGGAGCUGGUGCUGCGCAGGAAGACCCAGGAGGUGACGGCCCUGCGGCGCCUGGCCAAGCCUAUGUCGGAUCGUGUGGCGGGGCGGGUCGCCCGUUGGAACCAAACGCCCCCCGUUACGGACUCUGGAGCUGACUUGUCAACCAGCACGACGGCGAGCGGCUCUGAGGCGGAGACUGCGAGGACCGUGAGUGGGCUGGUGCGGCAGUGGAACAAUAAGAACAACGUGUACGGAUACAUAGCGGAGAGCGAGGGGAGUAUGGAUGGAACGCGGGUGAUAAGCAAGAAGAUGAUGCAGAGGAAACCAGCAGGCCUGGGCAGCACUGCUGCUGCAGGCAGAGCCAACAGUUUCUCCAAGGCUGCCCGCCUGAAGUGGCAAACCCUGGAGCGCCGCAUAAUGGACAUCGUCAUGCAGAGAAUGACCAUCUCUAAUGUGGAAGCAGACAUGGAUCGCCUUAUCAAGAAGCGAGAAGAGCUGACAAUGCAGCAGGAAGCUCUCUCUCAUAAAAGGGAGGUCCUGAUGGCUGACGGAGAGGGGCCGGAGGCCGAGGACCGCCUCCUUCAGGAAGUUAACGAGGAGAUCGAAGUGCUGAAUGCCAACAUAGACUACAUCAAUGAUAGUCUGUCUGACUGUCAGGCCACCAUCGUGCAGAUAGAGGAGACCAAGGAUGAGCUGGACUCAGUGGACACCUCAGUGGUGAUCAGUUCCUGUUCGUUGGCUGAAGCACGCCACCUGCUGGACCACUUCCUGAAGGCCUCCAUUGAUAAGAGUUUACAGGUGGCUCAAAAAGAGGCACAGAUCCGACUUCUGGAGGGCCAGCUGAGACAGACGGAUGUAAUCGGCUCCUCCCACAACCAUAUGAUUCUGGACGCGCUGAGAGAAAAGGCAGAAUACAUCCCUGAGCUCCAGGCUCUGAUCCACAACGUCCAGCAAGAAAAUGGUUAUGCCAGCACAGACGAGGAGCCCUCAGAGUUCAGCCAAGCCUCUGACAGCAGUGUCUCACAGAUGAAGGAAUCCAACAGCCAGGAUGAUUUUAAAAUAAAGACGGAGCCUCGCCUGUCGGUUCAGAUGAAGGCGGUGUCGGCGGAGUACCUCGGCCCUGUCCUGGACCCCUCAUCAGGCAGCAAGCAGCAGCACAUCACAAAGUCUCUAGCCUCUCUGACAGAUAUCCAGGAGGAUGGCUUAAGCCUGAUUCCAGGCAGCCUGGCCCUCAGCGUGCCCCUCAGAGACCCUUUCAACAGGGACAGAGUGUCCCGCACCAUCAGCCUUCCUGUCAGGGGACACACUUUUCCCAGGCAGUCUCGAGGUUAUGACACUUCCCCCAUAACAAGACGUAAAUCUUAUGACCGAUCUUACAGGCCCACUGAUGGCUACACCCCUCCUUCCUCCCCUCCUCUGCGGACAAGGAAUGAUCGCAAUGUCUUCUCUAGACUGACCAGCAAUCAAACACAAGGUUCUGCUCUGGACAAGUCGGAUGACAGCGACUCCUCGCUCUCCGAGGUGCUCAGGGGUGUGAUCAAUCCUAUCGGGGGGGUGAAGGGGGGUCGGACAGCCCCCCUGCAGUGUGUUUCUGUAGCUGAGGGCCACUCCAAGCCGGUUCUGUGUGUGGACGCCACGGACGAGCUGCUUUUCACUGGAUCUAAAGAUCGCACCUGUAAGAUGUGGAAUCUGGUCACAGGUCAGGAGAUCGCCACCCUGAAAGGCCACCCAAACAAUGUGGUGUCUGUAAAAUAUUGCCCCUCUUCCGGUCUGGUCUUCUCUGUCUCCACCUCGUACAUCAAGGUGUGGGACAUCCGUGACUCUGCCAAGUGCAUUCGCACGCUCACAUCAUCGGGGCAAGUGGUUUCAGGAGACGCUUGUGCUGGAACAACCACCCGGACAAUCACCUUUGCUCAGGGCGAAUGUCAGAUCAACCAGAUAGCGCUCAACCCGUCAGGAUCUGUGCUCUAUGCUGCGGCUGGGAAUAUUGUUCGUAUGUGGGACCUCAACAGGAUGCAGGGGACAGGCAAGCUAACGGGCCACAUUGGAUCUGUCAUGUGUCUGACUGUGGGACAGUCUCUGCUGGGCAAAGACCAAGUCAUCACUGGCUCCAAAGACCAUUAUGUCAAGAUAUUCGAUGUGGCCGAAGGAACUCUGGGUAACAUCGGUCCCGCUCAUAAUUUUGAGCCUCCGCACUACGACGGCAUUGAAUGUUUGGCCGUUCAAGGAGACGUACUGUUCAGCGGCUCGCGAGACAACGGCAUCAAGAAAUGGGAGCUGGAGCAGCAGGAGCUCAUACAGCAAAUCCCAAAUGCCCACAAGGACUGGGUCUGCGCGCUGGCCUACGUCCCCGGCCGGCCCAUGCUGCUGAGCGGCUGUCGGGGCGGCAUGCUCAAGGUGUGGAAUGUAGACAACUUCACGCCCAUAGGAGAGGUCAGAGGUCACGAGAGCCCGAUUAAUGCCAUAUGCACCAACUCCAGACAGAUCUUUACAGCUUCCAGUGACUGCAGGGUGAAGUUGUGGAACUAUGUGCCAGGCUUAACCCCAUGUCUUCCUCGCCGGGUCCUGGCCAUCAAGGGCCGAGCCACCAGCCUCCCAUGAUUGCCUGUCCUCUGCACACCGACCCUCCUUUCCUCUGCGACAAGACGGUGAAGAUCUGGUUGUCAAAGGUGUGGAGGAAGAGGUGAGAAGCAGAGCGGCUGUGGAUCCUCUGUCAGCCAUCGUGCUGCAAAUGGCAGUCGCUUCCAGCGACACGAUGUGACGCCGCAGCCACAGUUUCCAGAGGCAAUCAAGGUGUGGAUCGCACAGAAAAAUGGUGGAUCGGGAAGUCAAAACAUAUGCCUUUCAGAUGUUUUUUUAACUUUCAAAGUGCCAUUCUGCUGUGGUGCUACUUGGGGAUAAAUGUUGUCAUCCUGGUGAAGCAUCCACCCAGCAAAACAAUUUCUCACCUGACAUGAAAACAACCACCUGCAGCCUGGUACUAAAUGAAAGUGCCCUUCUGUUUUUUUUUUCCACCAAGGUUUCAGGCAGUGAGAGAUGAAUCUGCUCAUGUAUCUGUGGGACUGAGUGUUACAGUAUUAGCUACUGUCUAUCCAACAAUAUGGCUGUUUAGAUACUGAAAACAUCGGAUAGUCAUGUUUAAUGAUCAUGGCGGUGGGUCACUGGACUGUUAUCAUUCUCCACUCAAAAAUCACUGGAAUUCACCACUAUUUGCUGUCCAUUUUUUUUUUUGCCAGGAAUAUGACUGAAAGUUAAUCAUGUUUUUGUUUUUAUUGUAAAUCCUAAGUUAUUGUUUUUCCUACCUCAUUCACUUUGACCUUUGACCUGAGGUGGGAAGGAACAUUUUUUUACGGGUCUUUGUGUGUAAGCAGUUGGUGCUUUAUGAUUUCAACUGUGUAUGGACAUGUCCCCCCCCCCGUUCUCCCUGGUAAUCCCACCGUCUGGUUUUCUGACGAAGCAGAUGUUAAACUCUGGCUGAAAAUGUCGGCGUGCAUCUGCAGCAUCGGGCCUCUUUUUCCCAUUUAUCAUUCCUGCUGUCUCCAUUUUAACACUGACCAGCCUUACUUUAGACUCCACCUUGUUUCCAGCUUCUAAACUUCUCCUGAACACCAGUUUAAUUAGAAGUUCAGCUCUUCCAGCUACUUUCCCAGCAAGAUUUCUUGUGUGAAAGUAGGUCAUCACUGAGAGAGAUUCUUUUCUUCCCUCCUUUUUUUUUUAAUCCCACUUUUCUUCCACCCACCAUUUAGCUGCUACUCUUUCAAACAGGAAUAAACUUCCUGUGCCCGUGCACUGAUGUACAAAUCUGUUUAUGUGGCAGAUUAGAUGUGUGGGCAACACGCACAUAUGCACAUGCCACGGAUAAAUAAACAGUCUGAACGGAUGUUUUGGCUAUCCAUCUUGCUUGAUGGGUCUUGGCAUCUUUCACUGUGUUGAUUCACAAUCUGCAUAAUAACACAGAGACACUCGUAGGACUGCUUCAUGCCCUGAAAGUCGCUUCCAUUACCUUCUAGUUGUCUGACGCCUCCUAAUACCUAAAACGGCUUCGCGUAAUUCCAUUAGCUCCUACCUUUUCCAAAUUCUAAGCUUCAUGCCGCUCAGAUGUCUUAGUGCUUGAUUAAAACCCAACUUUUGUCUGCUAGUUGUUCAGCUCAGCACUAUCUUAUUGAAAAAAAUAAUGUUUUGCUGAUUCCGUGCACUUUUCCUCACAGUAGACCCAGAGCCGGACCAAUAUGUAGUUACAUUUUAUUUGGUGAUCCUUUGAUCAUAAAGAAACAUUCUUAGGAGAUGAAAGUAGAAAACUUAGAGGUCCUGCUGCUGUUUCAUGUGUCAAGCAUGAAUCUGAAGCUGCUUAAACUCGCCAAAAGCAAUUUUUUAUUAAAUUGUAGUGUUUUCUUUUGAGAGGGGGGGGUAAAAAAAAAUAUUCUAGCAAAGCAUUGUCUUCAAUACUAUUUUGCUAUGAUUAGAAACUCAGGUAUAUGUUGAUGAUUUCGGACAUUAGUCAUAAUGUUACGCUGCGAAACUAGCUUUUUCUACCAACCAAAUGCCUUGUUUGUGAGAAUAUUAUUAUUUUGAACAGAAAUGGUACUGUCAAUUUUUCAUACCCUUUUGAAAAAUACUCAUUUUGUGUGUUUUCACGUUUCCAUUUGACUCCCUUUACUUCUUAUCUAUGUACUGUGCCAGUUUCACUUGGCACCUUCCCAAACUGGCCAAAACUGAAAGCCUUGAAGAAGUUGUGCACUGAUGUAUUGUUUUUGUUUGUUUAUUUUUUUUAACCAUUAAGUCAUCUCUAAAGUGUACAGUAUGUAAUAUAUGUAAAAUAGCUGGGGUGGCUGGUACACAAUUAUACGCAGGGUAAUAAACUUCCACAAUUCAAAGGGUUGCAGAUUUUUGGGCCCUUGGCUGUACUUUUUCUGUGCCAAUCAAAUGGCCCUGCUCACCAUCACACCAGGUUAAAGUGGUGGUAAUGAAAAGACAAAUCUCUUCUGCUUCAUUUUCUAACUCAUACACACUCCUGCUUGCUGUAUUCCCAUAGCUUUAGGCUCUCUGUAGUUCAAUCGCUUGUACAUUUGCUGAAGGCUAUUUAAUGGCUGUAGAGCUAAUUAGUUGAUUUAUAAUCUAUAAACAUCAGCAUUCAUGGGGGGAUGCACUUUGCUGCCAAUCGUACCGAUUGUUUGCUUCCAUUCCUUUGGAUAAAUGUGGUUAUUUUCCUGGUUUCAGAAGAACAUACCAACUUUAAGAAUUACUCGAGCUAUGAAAAGGAGCGGCAUCUCAAUAUAUUUAAAUGUUAUCAGAAAGUAAAAAAAAAAAAGAGUAAAUCUGUUACACACUAGUUGUUUUUUUUUGCAAUGUUAUCUGUAAAUUCUUAUAUUUUGUAGAUUUAUUUAGAUUUUCUUUUCCUCCUGCACUUUCCCUCCAUUAAACUUUCCCUUAUGAUACACACACCUAUAGAGUACUUUUAACAGCCAACAUGGCUAAAAAAGACCUAACUACAGCAGACAAACAUCCUAAUUUAGGUUACUAGAUACAUUUAUAUUAUAAAAAAUUUAAAGAAAUCAAAAAUAUUAUAAAUUUAAGUAGACAGUAAUUGAUGGCUUUAAUAAGUAAGAUGAGCCUUAAAUGGUUCUUUGCCUAAAGAAGCUUGCUGUUAACGCAGUGCUGUACCAUCAAUGGAAAGUUGAGUAGAAGGAAAAACUGAGUUAGAAAGAGGUCCACAAUACAGUGAUAACUGUAGCUUUGAAAGGAUUGUGAGGCUGACCUUAAAAAUUAACUCAGAUAAAGUUUAACUUUUUUAGAUGAAAUUCCAAAAAUAUAUCACUUUUUUGAUGAUAUUUGAAGUUAUUGAGAUGCUUGUGUUCUACUGUUUCAUGUUGCUCCCAAAGUCUGACACCUGCUUAAUCUGAUACUUCAUCUUAUUCAGCACCACUUCAUUCCCUGAUGUGUAAAUACUUGUGCCAUACAAUUUUUUCUAAACUUAAAUGCAGCGAUAAAUUUGAGUUUAAUUGAUUUUCAGAUCACUUGAUCUCAGAUUAGUCUCUGCUAAUUAGGAUUUACAAGCACUUUUUAAAGCAAACCUUUCUGCAAACUCUAUACACCCCUCUUUUUAGACAUAGAUUAAGCCAUAUUUUUAUCUUACCCUAUAAAAGAAAUCUAGACAUUGACCUUAAAUAAGCACAUCUGUUUAAAUCUACUGUAGGUUUAGGAAUUGCUCAUACUAUUGUCUCUGAUAGGAAAUGUAGAAUAAGUUCAGGAAAAUAAGAUCUACCUUCAAUUUGUCUUUUUCAUAUAUUAGAAUAAAAAAAAAAAAAAAAAAAAAGAUGCUCAGGAGACUUUAUCUUCAUUUUACUGGUUGCCUGUUCA